AGGAAUUCUCAGUGAUUUUAAAUGUGGUCCAUGUUUUUAUGGUCUUUAUAUAGGGUAUCUUAAUAAUAAACUUUAUAAAUGCCGUUGCUAUUAUGAUACCGAAAACCCUAAAUAUGAAAUUCCAAUUAGAAGUAUGUCAUCUUUUGUUGGAAAAUUUUCAAAAUAUUCGAUAGAGGA